AUGUGGAAAGACACGGGGGAUAGGUUGAUGUUGGUGAGAUUAGUGAUACAAGAGGAGACUAUAAACGUGAUCAGCGCGUAUGCCCCACAGUCGGGCUGGAGUGAGGGAGAGAAGAAGAGUUUUUGGGACUCACUGGAUGAGCUCGUGAGGAGUUGCCCAGAUGACCAAAGACUAGUUUUAGGAGGAGACUUAAAUGGGCAUAUAGGAGUACAGUCAGACGGCUACCCGGGUGUACACGGGGGUCUAGGAUUUGGUUGGAGGAAUGAUGAGGGACGCAGGAUAUUGGAUUUUUCUACUGCGCAUGACCUGAUCGACUACCUCUUGGUGCGUAAAGGAGACUUCAGGGCUUGUAAAGAUUGCAAGGUCCUCCCUAAGGGGGGUUGCUACUCCCAACAUAAACUGCUAAUUUUGGAUUUAUUCUUGAGUAGACGAGCAACCAAGACAGAGAAGGCCGUAAGGCCAAGAAUCCUUUGGAAAAACCUUAUGGGUGAAGCAGCAGAGACGUUUAGAUCGACGACCAGCGCGAGGUUCUCAUUAGAGAUUCAAAACGGCGAGCAUAUGGAUGCUGAUCAGUUGUGGACAUACUUGGCAAAGGCCAAGAAAGAGGUAAAGAAGAUUGUAGCUAUAGCAAAAGAAAGAGCGUACGAAGAACUGUAUAAGAAACUAGACUCAAAGGAAGGCAAAAACGAUAUAUUCAGAAUUGCUAAAGUAAGGGAGAGAAAACGUAGGGAUUUAGGAGACGUCAUUUACAUUAAGGAUGAAAGCGGAUGGAGCAUUGUGAAGGUGGAAGACAUUAGGAAAAGAUGGGAAGAGUACUUCGCCAACCUGUUUAAUAGAAGAGAGUCGGGGCGAAGUGAAGGAGGAAUCGAUCACGGUACUCACUCAGACAUAUGCUGCGACGACGACGAUACUCCGAGGAUCAGCCAAGAGGAAGUAAGGCUCGCCCUAGAGAAGAUGGGGAGAAACAAAGCAACAGGUCCAGACCAAAUUCCUAUCGAGGCAUGGAGAUGCUUGGGAGAUAUGGGGAUAAGCUUGCUGACAAGCCUUUUCAACAAGAUUUGGACAAGUGCAAAAAUGCCAGAAGAAUGGAGAUUUAGCGAGGUCAUAUUUAUCUAUAAGAACAAGGGGGACGUGCAGAGUUGUAGCAACUUUAGGGGCAUUAAACUCCUAAGUCAUACCAUGAAGCUAUGGGAGAGAGUGAUAGAGAUGAGGCUUAGAAGGGUUAUAAAGAUGGCAGAGAACCAAUUCGGUUUUAUGCUAGGUAGGUCGACAAUGGAGGCUGUUCAUAUCACCAGAAGCCUUAUGGAGAAGUAUAGGGAAAGACAAAGCGCUACACUGUGUCUUCCUAGAUUUGGAAAAGGCAUACGAUAG